AUGGCAACCGUAGGUGAAGAGUACUUGAAGGCGCACUCGGAAAGCGAGUCCAUCGCGCCUCUGCCAGCCAGCCUCCGCAACGGUCUCAUCGCCAUCUCCGUCUUUGCUCUGCUCUCCUUCCUCCUCGCCUCAACUCUCUUUCUAUACUUGACCUACAAACUCCUGGCAUGGCACAUCCAGAAGAAGACUCGCGCCGACAACAUCGCGAGAAACAUCCCCGACCCUGAACCCGUGACCGACUUUACUUAUCAGGAGGGGCCGUUUGGGCCUCAGGGGCAGUCUUCGAGGGCAGUACACGGCCAGAGCGCCGAGCGCAUCAAGGCUGCCGGAAACAGCCCUCCCAACCAGUUCCUCAUCCUCGUCUUCAACCUCAUCAUCGCCGAUAUGCACCAGGGCGCUGCCUUUCUUCUGAGCGUUACCUGGAUCCAGAGAGGCGGCAUCUUUAUCAACACUCCUACAUGCUUUGUUCAGGGUCUCUUUGAUUCCAACGGGGACUUGUCAUCUAGUUUGUUCAUUACAGCCAUUGCCGUCCACACAUAUCUCUCCGUCGUCAAAGACUAUCGACCACCCCAAAGGAUCUUGUAUGCAGUCAUUGUAGCCAUAUGGAUAUUUGUCUACUCGCUAGCCAUUAUCCCUUUGCUGGCCACAAAUAAUGGCAGGAAUGUCGGGGGUUACUAUGUUCGCGCAGGCCCAUGGUGCUGGAUUAACGACGCCUACGAAAAUCUUCGACUUCUCACUCAUUACCUCUUUAUUUUCCUUUCUCUCGUCACAACCAGUGUUCUCUACAUCGCCAUAUACAUAUCGCUUAGACGACAGGCCAAGGAGACCGCAGAAAAAGACGGCUCGAAUAACACCCGAGUCAGGUUCAACCACAACCCGGCCUUCCUUGUGUACCCUCUGAUCUACGUCAUGUGUACUCUUCCUCUCGCCCUCGGCCGUAUCGCCACCAUGGCUGGCGCCCACGUUCCUAUGGGAUACUACUGCUUCGCUGGAACCCUCAUCGCCAGCAACGGAUCCUUUGAUUGUCUGCUGUUCGGCACGACCCGACACGCCAUUGUUUUCGGUUCCAAAGACGAUGUCGAUAUUGAGGACACGGGCCUCGAGACCUUUGCCUUUAUGCGUACCCCUGCCAACCGAUACGGCAACACUGUCUGGAUCCAAGGCGGAGAGUCCCAUUCCGGCGGAGUUGGGGGAUGGUGGCAACGACUGGGGAGCAGGUCUGACAAGGUAUCAGGAGCCCUGCGCACCCGGACCAUCAGCCAGGAGUCUCUGAGGAGUGCAGCACGCAACGAGAUAGCCAUCCAGAUGGAUGUGGUCACGUCCGUGGCGGUGGAAAUUGAGGCGGACAAGGAUAGAGAUCCGAGAUUCCCUGACCCGUCGAUGAGCCAGACUCCAUCGCUGAGCAGCGGAGAGAAGCAUGUCAUGAGGAGUUUCUAG